AUGAUGAUGAAGAGAACACCUUCUUCCAAAUUAAGUUUAUUGAGAAGUAUGAAUUAUUCCAACAACAACAACAACUCAUUGAAUGGAAAGGGUUUGAAUUUAGGAUCAAAUUCUUCACAACAAAAUUCUUCUUCACAACAACCACAACAACAGAUGCGAGUGAUCAUGUUGGGAACGGGUGGAGUUGGAAAAAGUACCUUGUUCAAAAACAUUAAGCUCUUAUUCAACGGCGGAUUUGAUUCGGACGAAUUUCUCUCUUAUCGAGAAGUCAUUCUCUCCAACAUUGUCCAAAUGGUUCAAUUCGUCUUGCGAGCGCUCAUUACUUUAUUUCCAGAACACAAAAUUGAAAAACCAGAAAAUGAAGAAUUUGCGAAUAGCAUUCUGAGAUUGGAUUGUGAAGAUUUUAUUCAUAUUUUGAGGAUUGUGGAUGAGAAUUUUAUAACACGAGUUCAGAAAUUGUGGUUUGAAGAACCGGCCAUUUUAAGGGCUUAUCAUUAUAGACAUCGAUAUCAAUUACCUGUGGAGGAUUUACCUGAUCUGAUCAAACAAAUGGAUCAAAUCUAUUCAUUGCCAAAAACGAAACAUGUCAUGUCUUCCUAUGUGAAAACUACGGGAAUUGUGGAGACAGAAUGUGUUUAUAGAAAUACUCGAAUACGUGUUUUUGACACAGGUGGUCAACGAAAUGAAAGAAAAAAAUGGGUCCAUCUCUUUGGCUCCACCAAUGGCAUUAUAUUCAUCGUUUCACUCUCUGAAUACAAUCAAGUUUGCUAUGAAGAUGACAAAUCCAAUCGUAUGAAAGAAUCCUUAUUACUUUUUGAAGAAAUUGUCAAUGCCUCGUGUUUCGAACGAGUUCCAAUCUUUCUUGUAUUCAAUAAGAAGGACGUUUUUCUUCACAAAAUUCAAUAUUUUGACAUUAGUGAAGCAUUUUCAGAUCUUCCAAAUCACAUUCGACUUCACAAGCCAAUCAAAAAUUUUCACAAACUUGCCAACGAUGCCAAACGAAAACACAACAUUCAACAGAAAAAACAGAGACGAACUCCAGGAACUCUGGAAAGUGCACAAAAUCCAAAAACGAUGGAACGAUUUCAAAGAGCUCGUUCGGCCUCUAUUCAAAAACAAAAACGAAAGAAUUCACUUGCGGGAGUUUAUGGAUCGUCACCACUUCUUCCUCGAAUGUCACCUUCGAGAUUUGUGGUUGAAAAUCAUCAUUUAUUAUCAGAAGAAGAACAAUUCAAAAUUCGUCAAGAAAAUUGGCAGAAAAUUCCAAGUGAUAUUUUAAUUUAUAUCUGUUUCUUUUUGGAUGCUGUGGAUAUGUGUACUUUGAGUACAGUGAAUUAUGAAAUGUAUAUUAUUGCAACGUGUGACACUGUUUGGCGAUCUUUGUGUUAUAGUCUCAUGAAAGAUAUUGAUGAAGAACAUGUGGACCUUCUAUAUAAGGAAAGAUAUCAUUUAUUUGAACCGCAAUUGACUGGAAAGGUGAACAGUGAUGAAAGUCCUUCAUCAAUUGUUUCAUCUGUAUCGACGCCGACCACAACAACAACCAAAUCAAUGAACUCAUCUUCAUCUACUGGAAGUAUUUUGACUUCGAGCUUGAGCUCAGUCAUCUCAAGUGUCACCACCGAUAAAUCUCCUUCUUCGAUCAGUAAGGCCAUUUCAAUUCAGGGAAACGUUUUUUCAAGCUUCCAACCUCAACAAACCACCACCACUACAGUACCUGGUACUAACUUUACCAAUACUUUCAAUAUGAAUAAUAAUAAUGGUGUUCAACAACCAUGGUUUGGAGCUAAAGAUGGAAUUGGCAUUUCAAUCACUGCUACUCCAACCAUCCACAACCACCAACAUUCACAUCAUCAUUUCACUUCAUCCACCGUUAGCAUUUAUAGUGAUAGUAGUAGUGAAGAGGACCCCAACAUGUUGACCACGACGACGACGACGACGACGAGUAGUUUGUCAUUCAUGCCAGAAGAACGAGAGGAACGAGAAUUUAGAAAAAGAAAAUGGAGAUUCUUUUAUGAAAUUGGAGGAUAUGUGUAUCGAGAUUCGAUCAAGUAUAUUCAACAGCAAUUUAUUGAUUUGGCAAAAGAUGAACAACGAAGAGCACAAUUGUGGAGAGAUGUGAGAGUGACAAGUGCUACGAAUGCUUCCACGGUUCGAGAAUUAUUGGAAUAUGUUUUUGACACCAUCAUUGACGCGCAUGAAACUAACUUUGAUUUUGAUGAAGAUUUGUCUCCCAGUACACCGAGCUCUAAAUCUAAAUCUCCAAGAAGAGUUGCGAAUGGCAAAACCAAAAUGAGGAAUUAA